GAAGAUCCGAAUGCUUGAGCAUGCGCAAAAAAAAAUAUUGUGGGAAAUCUGGGAAUUCCCGUACUUUUUAAAAAGAUAAUGUAAUGAUUAAUUAAAUGUGUUGCUACUGGGAAAUUUAUUCACAAGGUGAGCAUUAUGUCUUACAGUGAUAGUGAAGAGGAACUUGUUUUAGCUAUGUCGCAAUUUAUUGAUGAUGUGCCAGUCAUGAAUAUUUCAUCAAGUUCUGAUGAUAGUGAUGAUAGUGAUGGUAGUGAUGAGGCUACAGGUGUAGACUUUGGUAGCAUUUUUGAUGAUGACAGUAGUGCAGAGAGGUCACGAACAUACGGAAAUAUCAAAGUUACAGUUGUUCAGGGUGAAAUUGCUGAUCAAAAGGUGGAUGUAAUUGUAAGCAGCACAACCAAAACCCUUGACCUGAAUGAUGGAGCGGUCUCGAAAUCUCUGGUGAAAAAGGGAGGUAAAUCUAUACAGGAGGAAUGCAAAUCUAAAUAUAGAAACGGUAUCUCUGAAGGUGACAUUGCAGUUACAUCAGGAGGAAGUUUACAGUGCAAAAAGAUAUAUCACUCAUAUUUGCCUCCGUGGAAUGGUGGCAAAAACAAAAUGGCUCCACAAAAGAUUGUGUUGAAAUGUUUGCAAGAAUCGACAAAUUCAGGCUUCUCUUCAUUGGCAUUUCCGGCACUUGGUACUGGUUACCUCAACUACAGUAAAGAAUAUGUUGCAAAGACGAUGUUUGCUGGAGUUGAGAAAUUCAACAUGAAUAAUCCAAAUUCCUCUGUAAGAGAUGUCAAGUUUGUGAUAUAUCAUGCAGAUAAUGCAACUUUAGAGGCGUUUAAAUCUGCUUGUGAUAGAAAAAGAGAUGCAG